AUGAACCUCACCGAGGUCCUGGGCCAACGCCUUCGAAUGACACGAGGCCGUGUUGCCUCCUCGCUACUAGCUGCCCAAGAGGCUCACAGUCAACUCUUCGACAGGCUGAACUGGGAGGAGACUCGCCGCUACUUCACAGACCACAAGCCCCCGCAGACUGGCUUUGAUGGCAUGUCGGCCGCGAGUCUGGGAAAGCAUUGGACAGUGACGAAAGACCCGCAUGUCUACACGAUGAGUUGCACCGCUUUUGACCUCUUCUGCAUGCGCUACCUCGACUUUGUGCCCCGCCGCCCGGGCCAAACGAUGCUGGGCGUUCGGGCUGCGGAGAUGAGCGAGAACGCCGUCAAGAACGCCUACAGCCUGCAGCAGAUCCCGCCCAUCUUCUACCCCAACAUGUCGGAGGUGGGCAAGCGGAUCUCGGGCAACAACUUUGCCAGGGUGCUGGCGGUGGAGAUGGCCAACAACAACUGGGACAGGCUCAACGAGGUCCGGCGGGGCAACAACCUGGGCCCCACCGAGGUCGGCAUCAUCUACAACGCCUGGGUGACCAGGCAGGGCACCGUCUUCUCGCCCGGCCUCUUCAUCGAGGCCUGGCCCGACGUUGCGAGCUCCCGGUGGCCCGCUUUCAUCAACGACACCAUGGGCGUUGAGCCGAACGGAACGAUGAAGCAGAAGUGGCGAGACGUGGAGCAGGUGUUGGUGCUUACCCACGUGCACCAGGACAUGUUCUGGCACUGGAUGGUGAGCGAAGCGUAUCGCAUGCUGCCGCUCUACCACUACCUGCUGGCCCAUCCCGAUAUCUAUAUCCACAUCAACGGUGGCCAGUCCUUCAUCCAAAAGUACAGCGAGAUGUACGGGUUUCCCAAAAAUCGGUUCAUUAGCUGGGAGUACGUGCGAGCGCAGGUGGUCUACUACGUUCAAUCGAUCGACCGAUCGGACGUGCCCUCGGUGGCGAUGACCGGUAUCAUCCGACACAACCUGUUGGACUUUGCCGGCGUCCCGCUCGAGGCGCGCAGGAGCGAGCUCACUCCCCUGAGCAGCAUCAAGCAGUUGUACCUCGGCCCGACCAAUGAGGUACUAGAAAAGCCCUACGACCCUGCCGCACCGCUCCCGGUAGUCGACGACGACAAGGCCGAGCAUAUCGGCACCACCCAGCCCGAGGUGGUGAUCAGGCUGCUCUUCAUCGUGCGUGACAACCCGAGCGUGGGCCGCAUCAUCAUCAACUACGCCCAGCUCCAGGACGCCUUCUGGACCCUGGCUCUGCGCUACCGGCUCAAGGCCCUGGCCCGCGGCCACAACGUGCGCCUCCAGAUCAUGGAGCACCCGUCCAAGGCGCCUAUGAUCGACACCUGGCGCGCCUUCAGCCAGGCCGACAUCAUCCUGGGUAAGCCCACAUAUGUGAGACUCGAGUCUCACCUCACCAUCUCGAUGGCGUCUCACAAGAAGUCUGUUCUGCUCAGGCUGGUCCACGCGCGACACCUCAACAUCUUGAGCACGGCACGACUGGGCCUGGGCUACCACGCAGUCCUCACGAACAUGACGUCCGAGGGCACAAUCCCGACUGCCAAGUCACAGAACUACGUGGCUGACAUCCCCUUCAUCUUGAACCUGGUCGAAUACCUGCUCGACGUUAGAUUCCCAUGA